AUGCGGCUCCUACACACCUCCACACUAACAUUCAAUGAGUUCUUCUCCAGCGACACUCCCGUCUACGCAAUCCUCUCACACCGAUGGAACGCCGCGCCCUCCUCGGAAACCAGCUACCAGGAGUUCCUCUACCGCAACGCGCACGCCACGCAUCCAGGCCUCUGGAAGAUCGUGCAGGCGUGCGCGCUCGCACGGGUCGAUGUCAUCAAAUGGAUCUGGAUCGAUACCUGCUGUAUAGACAAGAGCAGCAGCGCCGAGCUCAGCGAGGCCAUCAACAGUAUGUUCGGUUGGUACCGGGAGAGCUUCUUCUGCUAUGCUUUCCUGAACGACGUGUCGCCGGUAGCGCCAAAUGAGAGCGUGGCCAAGAGCGCGUGGCACACCCGCGGAUGGACGUUACAGGAGCUGCUGGCGCCCCAGCAUAUGGCGUUUUAUGACGCCGAGUGGACGCGCAUCGGCUCUCGCCGGGAAUUGGCAGGAGAGAUCGCCGCGGCCACGGGCAUCGAUGCAAGUUACCUCAUACACGGCCCUUAUUAUGACAGCAGUGAUGAUCGCGAGCCAUUCCAGGACGUGUGCGUUGCCACCAAGAUGAGUUGGUUGGCUCGCCGGCAGACCAGUCGGGUGGAAGAUAUGGCGUACUGCAUGCUGGGCAUCUUCGGCGUGAACAUGCCGCUGCUAUAUGGUGAGGGUACGAAGGCAUUCAUGCGGCUACAGCUAGAAGUGCUGCGUAAGAGUGACGAUGAGAGUCUAUUUGCAUGGUGUUAUCAUGAGGGGUAUGAUGUAGAAAAGCGUGGUGGGAUGCUCGCGCCGUGGCCUUGGGCUUUCGAAGAGAGCCGGAAUGUGAGGCGCUAUAGCGAAGGGCGGCACGAAGCAAGCAGAUUGCCGUAUGCUAUGACGAACAAGGGUCUGGAGUUUCGGGUGCUAGUGGAGCAGUGGGCAGGGGAAGCAGAUGAGGUCGAGGGGUCGGUGGUAGAGGUAGGUUUGAACUGCUUUUUGCAGUCAAAGAACGGGCCCAACUCAGUCUGGAUCACCUUGAUGAGGGAGCGAAAGGCAUGGGCGAGGGUGGAAAGGGAGACGAUCAAGGCGAGGCCGCAUCUGUAUACUGCUGUGAGGAGGAUGGGCAGUGUACCUUACGGAGCCGAGACCCGGACUGUCACUUUUUAUGUGCGGCAGCCCGGCCUGUAA